AUUUCAUUGACCAAUCACAAGAAAGAAUUUUACGAAUCAACCAAUCAAAAAAUGUUUCAAAACAUUUGCAACAGAGUAUGGAUGACACCUUUAAUUUUCAAUAAUGCGUAAUGUGAUACAGGCUUUAUAGAGUCCUCAUUGGGGCAUUCUCAUAUGUUUCACGUCCUACUCCGUGAGGCAGCGCAACACUCGUAAUGAACGAGACUGAGCGAGACAUCCAGAUUAACGAUCUCACUCUCCUUCUCUUUCUCUCUCAACGCAUAUAUCUGCUCCGAUCCGCUCGCCCUUUUGACUGCUUUGGUACCGUUCGUUCUGACUGGUUCUGUCAAACUUUGAACGAAAAAGGGUUUGAGUAGGGCCUGUGCGCGAGAACUGUGAGUGAGGGUCUCGUGCGGGGCGGGGCAGAUUUUUUUACGCAAAUUUUGUCGGGUCAAGGAAAAUGAAUUGAUCGGUACGCGUGCGAUAUAUAUCAUAGAUUUAUAAUUUAUUCGCCGAUAUCCUCUUGCAUCAAUUGUCACACUUGUGCAAUCCGGUCAGCUCCGAAAACAAGCAACCAGGGAGAGACAACCAUGGAGGACGAUCUGCCGACCGAAUACGAUGUGGUCGUCGUAGGAACAGGUAUGACCGAGUCUAUCGUCGCUGCGGCGGCAAGCAGGAUCGGCAAAAGGGUUCUACAUCUGGACAGCAACGAAUAUUAUGGAGGGCUAUGGGCUACAUUUAAUUUUGAUGGCUUACAAAAAUGGAUAGAAGAUUUAAAAACAGUUAAAAGUAGUACUAGAAAUACAAAUAUCGAUUUGAAAACAAAUGAAAAAUUUUUGAAGGCUAGUGACCAAUAUUCCACAGUAGAGAACAUUGGAGAAAUCUGGUAUAUUUCCAAUGAUGCUGACUUACCUGAUGUAUCUUCAAAAGAUACUCAGACUGAGAGUUCUGGAGAUAGUGCCGCUCUCGAAGGUGCGGAAAAGACUGAUCAGGACAAGGCUGACAAAAAGGAAAACGUGAAACAAUGGAGCAUAGACCGUAUCAAGAAGGAAUACAGAAGAUUUAAUAUCGAUCUGGCGCCUAAACUAUUAUUCGCCCGUGGUGAAUUAGUAGAAUUGUUGAUUUCUAGCAACAUUGCGCGCUAUGCUGAAUUUCGUGCAGUCUCUAGAGUUGCUACUUUUAUGGACGGUAAACUUACGCAAGUUCCUUGCUCACGUGCCGAUGUAUUUGCGAACAAAACGGUUAGCGUAGUCGAGAAAAGAAUGUUGAUGCAACUUUUGACAUCUUGUAUGGAACAAGGCGCCGAUAGUCCAGAAUUUGAUGGUUUCCGUGAUAAAACGUUCUUAGAAUAUCUUAAUACGAAAAAUCUUACGCCUAUAGUACAGCAUUAUGUUAUGCAAGCUAUUGCAAUGGCAACGAACAAAACAUCAUGUAGAGACGGCGUUAAUCGUACGAAGCAUUUUCUCAAUAGUCUUGGACGUUAUGGAAAUACGCCUUUCUUAUGGCCUAUGUAUGGAAGCGGAGAACUGCCUCAAUGUUUCUGCAGACUAUGUGCAGUCUUUGGUGGAAUUUAUUGUUUAAAGAGACAAUUAGACGGCGUAGUAGUUAACAAGGAUAAAUGCAAAGCCGUUAUCAGUGGGAAACAGAGAUUGGCUUUGGAGCAUUUAGUUGUAGGACAAGGACACUUGCCACCAGAAAUUGUAGCCUCCGAGGGAGAAAAUCAAAUUUCGCGCGGAAUUUUCAUUACUGACAGGUCAAUUAUGCAAGGUGAGAAAGAAAGUCUAACUCUUUUGUAUUAUCCGCCGGAAAAACCAGACCAAGAAGCCAUUACUCUAAUUGAAUUGGGACCAUCUACUAAUGCUUGCCCUCAAGGAUUAUUCAUAGUUCAUAUGACAUGCAAACGUACUAAGAAUGCAAAGGAGGAUCUAGCAUAUGUCGUGAAUAAAUUCCUGAGAGCAGAACCGCUUGAUUCCAAUGCUGUGCGUAGUUCUUCUGAUUCUCAUACUCAAACAGUUUCUCCUGAUAAACGGCAUCUUCAGGAUGAUCGACAAGAGAAAGAAGAAUCUGAGUAUCCAAUACCUCAAGUAUUAUGGUCUUUGUAUUUGAAUUUACCUGCAAGCGACAUUAAAUUAAGCGAUUCUGCGCCAAGUAAUAUACACCUAUGUUCUGGACCGGAUCUUGAACUUGAUUUCGACUUUGCUGUGAAUCAGGCUAAGAACAUUUUUAAGUCUAUGUAUCCAGAUGAGGACUUUUUACCACGCGCGCCUGAUCCAGAGGAAAUUGUUCUGGAAGGCGAUGAAGCACCAGGCCCGAAAUUCGAGGGUGGUGAUAUCGCAGAGGGUGAGGAGAAGCAAGAUGUCGAAAAGGCCGAGAAAGAAGAAGAAUGAACUAUCGUAUAAUGAUAGUAUAAUGCUUUUGCGUCUCUAUUGUCGAAAAGCAGCUAAGGCUUUUGCGCCUUUAGUGUCUUUUAUCUUUAUCGUUAUUGCAUUUCCUUAUAAAUAUAUUCGAAAAAAAAGAAAAAAAAAUAAAAGUAUGAGGUACAGAUUGCGAGGCAGUAGUAACGAGAAGCUUUACGGCGUUAAGGGGGAACACCAGGGUGACGAGUUAAAAAAAUCGAUUUUCUUUUUGCAUUUUUGUAAUGCUUGGAGUCUUAAAAAUAUGUCCCUAUAAUAUUAUGUUGAAAUUCUUAACGGAACAAUAGUAAAUAUGUGAUAGAGUAGAACGUGGUCAGAUGCCGCUAGGACAUUCAGCAGUCCCUUGAUCUGCAGUCAGUUUUACUGGUAUUCUUUUGUUGCCUGUGUGCUUCAGUCGUGAACACUUCAUAUGCACCCGGAUUGGACGCAUUUUUAUUUGUUACGAAAUUUUAUCGUUUUAUAUAAACUAAUCGGUUGUAAAACUUUAAACGUGUUUUUCUCGAAACCAUGUUUUCGUAACUGGGCGCUCACAUAUCUCGGCAAAUUUUUAUCCGAAUGAUUUAAAUUUUGGAUAGAAUGUUUACAACGAAAUUAUCUUCAGUUGCACGUACG